GUGGCGCGCUCAUUAAAAAAAAAUCCUUUUGUGGGAAACCAUUUAUUAAAAAAAAUAAAUACGCUUAACACAAAGGGAGAAAAAGAAAUAAUAGUAACUUGGUCCCGAGCAUCUACCAUUAUACCCACAAUGAUUGGGCAUACUAUUGCUAUUCAUAAUGGAAAGGACCAUUUGCCUGUUUAUAUAACGGAUCGUAUGGUAGGUCAUAAAUUGGGAGAAUUCGCACCCACUCGCAAUUUCCGGGGGCAUGUGAAAAAUGAUAAUAGACCUCGUCGUUAA